UCCCGUCAACGAUGUCUCGCCUGUAGCAGCCUGUCCCAGCUGAUCCUAGCAAGAAAACGCGAUCAUGUUAUGGGCACUUUCGUACUUAAUCGCGAAGACUGCAUUAUAGCAGCACCAGUUUUCGUAAUUCCUGAACGAAUUCGCCGUCAGUGGACGGCGCCGCUUGUUGGAAACGCCUGACGCCAGUUUAGCACUCUGGGAGGUGUGUCGCUCAUCUGCCUGAUCGGCGAUCUGACGCCUGCGGCAGUGUUUUCCGUGGCAAGUGCUAUGCGUUAGCCUGCGCAAGUUCAUAAAAUGGUCCGUCAACGAGACAGAAUGUACUCCGAGUGGCUCGUGCUACCCGUCACCGAAGAUGCGAAGGAGCGCAGCACCAGUGUGCUCCAGAAGUUCCCGUGUGCGGCAGGCCGCAACGUGGUCGCCGCCGUUCUUCACUCACUGGCGAGCAACCUGGGGAUCAACAUUGCCAAGUGUGAGCCGAGCACGCUGGUGUCUGACAUCGAGGUCAACUGGUGCAUGGAGGUCAUUUGCUUCGGGCUGCGGCUACCACUCACGGAGCACGAGGCCAUCCGGGACUGUGUCCACGUCUACUGCGAGUGGAUGCAGGCCCUGACACAGCCAAAGCCGUGCGUUCCCAAGCCAGUCCAAGACGAUGCCAACCAGUACUUCAGGAGGAUGCUGCGCCACCUGUACAACCUUUUCGAGCCUCGCGAGGACAGUCAGACGGACAUGAUCAGUCGCCAGGCGGUGCUCUGCCACCAGGUGCUGAGGAGACUUCAGACAGUAGCCCAGGAGUCGACAAAGAUUGAGAAGGAGACAUGGGACGAGAUCCUUCGCUUCCUGCUGGCUGUCAACGACGUUUUAUUGGCACCACCAUCCAGAAAAGAUGACAUGGGCAGCCACAUGUGCGAGCGUAUCCUGACGGCUCUGUUCGAGGUUUGGCUGUUGGCAUGCAGCCGCUGCUUCCCGUCGCCCAACCUGUGGAAGACAUUCCGCGAGCUAUGCUGCACUUGGAGGCACCGCGGGGCGCUCGUCGAGCAGUGGAACCGCAUCAACCUUGUCCUCACGGCCGCUGUGUUGCGCCUCAUGUACGGACACCACUACCCGGAACUCAAGCUGGAGGACGAGGCGGUGAGUCUCGUCGCGGAGCUGAGCGGUGAGCAGCUGGCGCAGGCGUGGUACCGCUUCCUGCACGUGCUUGGCAACCCCGUGGACCUGUGCCGUCCCGAGAUCGUCAGCCAGACGCCGGGGUUCUACAGCCUCUUGGAGGCCAGUGACUCCAUUGUCGACCCGUUCCAAAACCCGUGCCUGGCCGCGCUGCCCCACAUCUUCCACAGAGCCAUGAUGGGCAUUGCCACUCUCGUUGAUGCCACUCUGGGUACGUGUGUGCUGUCUUGUUCUUCGCUGCCACCCACCAUGGUGGCUCAGUGGCUAUGGUGUUUGGCCGCCGAGUGCAAGUUCGUGGAUUUGAUUUCCGGGCGCUGCAGCCUCAUUUUAAUGGAGGCGAAGUGGAAAAACGCACGUGUACUUAGAUUUAUGUGCACGUUAGAGAACCCGAGGUGGUCGAAAACUUAUCCAGAGCCAUCCACUAUGGCGUCUAUCAUAGCCUCAAUGUGUCUGUGA